AGGCGUCACUUCAUUGUAAUGUCCCUCGGACAUCCAGCAUUCAACAGACCGAAACCUAUUGUCUUGUCUCUGUGACGAUGAGUGCAGUGUGAAAGACAGUGAUCAGGACAGCGACCAGACACCGCGAACCCCACAGUGAGACAGAGGAAGCUGUGCCUCCUGCCUUUGCCCGAAGCUGAGCGUCUUGGCGGCCAAAACACGCGCAUACGUGUGUGUGUGUGCUUGAGAGAGAGAGAGAGAGAGAGAGAGAGAGAGAGAGAGAGAGAGAGAGAGAGAGAGAGAGAGAGGGAGAGGGGAGAUGGUGAAGAUGAUGGGCACUUUGUCAAGCUUGAGGAUGAUUGCUGCGAUAUUGGCGGCAGCACUUAUCUCGACGGUCGUGGCACAACCAGGUCGGCCAUCACUUCCAGACUUGAUUGACCAGUCUGCUUCGCGUUACAAUUUGUCCAUGUAUGUGGAGAUGCUGAGGAGCUCAUCGGAGGCGUUAAGGACUCUAGAGAUGCAGAGGAGUGCUGGGGGAGGACUGACAGUUUUGGCACCUACCAACGAGGUGGUGGCGGCCUGCCUACACAGGCUCUCUUCUUGUCUAAGUGGACAGGAGAUGGAGCAAGUAAUGACCAUGAAUCUGAAGUAUUGUGCCUUGCCAGGGCGUUUUGAGGAGGCUGAUUUGCGGCUAAGUAUCCAGCAGUCUGGCGGACAGAUUCAUCUUCCAGCACUGCGAGGGGGAUCUCACCAGCUGGCAGUCAGCGAAGGGCCGUCCAAGUAUGCUUCUGCGCAGCGCGGUCUAUUCGUUGACAACGCUCAGGUCCUGCCGGAUGGUUUCCACGUCGUCUCCACGCCGCAUGUCAUCGUGCAUGUGAUCGACAAGUCGGUCGUCGCUCCGGAUGUCCGAGCAAUGAUAAACAAGUACUGCCCAACGCCCGCAGAAAGCGCCCCUUCACCAUCACGUGUGCCAGGCUCAUAACUUCACUCGCACACGAACCGAGUCUCAACCGCUGAGACGUCACUCUCUUGACUAUCCUAAAGGCUAAUGCUAGUGUCG